AUGACAGCCUCAUUCCCUAUUCGCCCACGAUGCUUGCCGCUUCUGUGCGUUGUAACCGCGUUUUGCUUUAUCGCCAUUAUUGCUGUUUGGUUUGGCAUGAACUCCGACAGGAAAUACAUCCACCCCAUUCUCACGCAGUUAAUCCCCGCGGGACACUGCACUUGCGAAUCCUCCACCAUCUUUCAGUGCUCGACAUGCCUCACCUGCUACGAACCCGGUCCACAAGCAGACACCUCCGCCUCUUGGUCCUUUGAAUAUACUCGCGACGGCCGAAAUGAGGCCCUCAGCCAGAACCAAUGCAAAGCUGCUUUCCCCGGAUUAUUUGAGGAUGUCGCGCGUGGUAGCAAAUUCUGGUCUUCGCAUGGCCGCCUAUCGUCUGCAGAACUAGACGUUAUCACGAUACAGCAUGGUAUGGCGCGCGCAUUCAUCGCUGAUGGCCAACUAUACGUUGUUGAGGCGCGGCCUAAGAACGAGGACCACCGACGGAAAAUUCUAGGGACGUUAAGCUCAAUCCACCGUGCGUUAGCUGCCGACCAGGAACGAGCUUCUAGACGCCACUUUGAGUUUGUUUUCUCCGUGGAAGAUAGGGUCGACGAUGUGACUAACUCGGAAUGGCCUGUUUGGGUCUUUUCGCGGACUCCUACUGAAGAAGGUGUUUGGCUUAUGCCGGAUUUUAGCUUUUGGGCCUGGGAUAACCCCGACAAUUAUAUGGGGCCUUAUGAUCAGGUGGUACAACGAAUCGAGCGAAUGGAUAUUAUUCCCUGGCUAGAGAAAACGCCGAAGCUAGUCUGGAGGGGUAAGCCUAGUUUCGCGCCAAAAUUGCGGCACGCGUUGAUGGAGGCCGCUAGGGAUAAGUCAUGGGGUGAUGUUAAGGAGGUUGAUUGGGACACGGGUUUUAACGUCCUCGGGAUGGAAGACCAUUGCCACUACAUGUUUAUUGCGCAUGUUGAAGGUCGGUCUUAUUCGGCUUCACUAAAAUACCGGCAAGCCUGUAAUUCGGUCAUUAUCGCACAUAAACCCCAGUUCAUUCAGCAUCACCACUAUCUUUUAGUGGCGGACGGUCCCAACCAAAACUACGUCGAGGUUGAGCGCGAUUUCAGCGACCUAUCUGAAAAGAUGGACACCCUGGUUAGCAACACCGAAGUCGCUAAGCGCAUCGCCCACAACAGCGUAACGACCUUCCGUGAGCGAUAUCUGACCCCAGCUGCUGAAGCCUGCUACUGGCGGUCACUGUUCGAUGGCUACGCCGGUGUGUGGAACGGAACCGUGGAGCAGUCGUCCGAAACGAUGGACCGCGAACGAGGAUUACGAUAUGAAUCAUUUGUCCUUCUGGAGAGUUUGAAAAUGUACGAAUUCGAGGCUGCUAUGACUGGACAAUGGCAGGCUGCACUAUAA